AAAGAAUUUAGUAAUUUCGAGUGAUAAUAACCAGUAUUUAUUUUUUAAUAAAAAAUAUUACAAUUCUUACUUAUAUUAAAACAUAUUCAGGAACUUUGACAAGUUAAGCAGUUAACGAAAUUUUUGUUUGUGACAAAAAAUGUAUAUAGUUUGCAUUUAUAUUGUUGCAUCUAAGCUUGAAAUGACACCCGAAUCCCUAAUAACAAAAAAAAUAUGAAAAAAUAAAUUACAAAUACGUAUCACGUGACUUCAAACACUAAUCAUCUUACUCCUAUAAAACAUAUUUGUGAACUUUGACAAGUUAAGCAGUUAGUGAAAUUUUUGAAAAAAAAAUGAAUUUACAAUAUAACCUAAAGACAAGGUAAUUUAGAUCUUCAUUAGAGAAUAUUUUCUGUGCUACUUACGUUAAGUUUUAAGUUCAAAUGAUUGUGUCUGUAUUUCUGACGAGGCACCAGAAUAUUUUUUGUAAUAUUUUCACAACAAGGCACUACAUAACAUCGUAAUAAAGAUUAAACACUUAUUUUUCUAAAUGUUUCAUAUAACCUCAAUCAUGUAAACAUUAAUUUGCUCAAGUAAUCUGACGACAUACACGCGAACUGAUUAAAGACAGCGUUUUGGUGGAAUAUUUAAACAGCAAAAUGUUAUUUUGCUUAUUUUUAUGAAAUAUGAGGUGAAUAGCUUAAAAAAAGAGUGGUGGUGGGUACAGUUCGGGUACGGAAGAACCCAGACGUAAAAGACCCGAUGACACUAAACCAAAUCACGUUUUGCUGUUCACAAUAAUCAAUCCCAUGUACCCGAUCACAGUGGAUGUCAUCCACACAAUCUGUCAGUCGAGUGGACAAGUCUUACGGAUAGUGAUCUUCAAAAAGAAUGGUGUGCAAGCUAUGGUUGAAUUCGAUGGUGUCGAUUCAGCUAUGAGGGCCAAAGAAUCUUUGAAUGGAGCGGAUAUUUAUUCCGGUUGCUGCACAUUGAAGAUUGAUUUUGCUAAGCCCGAUAAACUAAACGUUCACAAGAAUGACUCGGAAAGUUGGGAUUAUACUCUGCAAUUAGUGAAAGAAACUCCGAAUAAUGGGCGACCACAACCUUUACUACAAGAACCUCAUUUCGGAUCUCGACCGCAACCAUAUAAUGCUUAUCCAAGUGAACAAGCACGUCCAUUUGACGAAAUCUGUCCCGGAUACGGGGAUACUUUUCCAACGGAUGCAUUUCGAAAGGGUACUAAUCCUGCUGCAAUUACAGCAGAUCAACGAAAUACUCAGUUUCAACAACCGGGCGCUGUACUAAUGGUUUACGGUUUAGAUCCGUUGCGCACGAAUGCCGAUAAAUUAUUUAACUUGAUGUGUCUGUAUGGAAACGUUGCAAGGAUUAAAUUUUUGAAAUCGAAGGAAGGUACUGCUAUGGUACAAAUGGGCGACAGCGUUGCAGUUGAAAGAUGUGUUCAGAAUUUGAAUAACGUAACCAUUGGAAUUACAGGAGCUAUUCCACUUACUCACCGUGCAAACGUAGAUGCAAUGCAAGAAGACGCUGAACAUCCCAGAGAACAUAAAUUGCAAUUGGCCUUCAGCAAACAACCAUAUCUGAGUGAAGUUACAAAUCCAUAUCCGUUACCAGACAAAUCUCCUUCGUACAAAUUAUAUAUUAACAAUAAGAACAACAGAUUCAUGAAUCCUGCUAUGGCGAGCAAAAAUAGGAUACAGCCACCCAGCAAGAUCCUCCAUUUUUUCAACACACCUCCACAAGUUACAGAAGAAGCACUGUUUCAAGUUUUCAAAGAUUACGAUGUCGAACCGCCAAAAGCUGUAAAAUUAUUCCCCAUGAAGUCAGAACGUUCCAGUUCCGGACUAUUAGAAUUCGAAAACACAACUGAGGCUGUAGCAGCUGUUAUGGCAUGUAAUCACGCAGCUAUUGAAAGUCCAGGAAUGAAGUUCCCCUUCAUAAUGAAACUGUGCUUCUCGUCAUCACGUAGCAUGUCUAUUAAAAACGGCGAUAAUUCUGAUCCGUCUGCAGAAAAACAGGAUUAAUUAAUUAUGCAUAUAAAUUUUAGCCAGUACAUAUCCUUUCCAUACUUUGUUAAAAAUAAUUGAUUAAUAUUAAGUUUAGUAUUUAUGUUUUUUGUUAUUCGUUUAUAAUAGAAAAUCUCAUUGACCAAUGUCAUUUUUAAAGUUAUUAUUUUUUACUCUAAAAUAACUGUGGAUUUUGUAUUAUGUGUGUACCAGGAAAAUAGUCUUCUUUGUAGUAAAAUCGAUAUCCAAUGUCGAACGAUACAAGUAUUAUUUAAAAUGGGCUAUUUCAUGGUACAAACAAAUAACUCCGCGGAAUAUUUUAUGUUAUUGAAAUGUUUCCUUUAAUAUUAAGAUUUCUUAUAUUUAGUAUUGACAUAUCCUAAUUACAUAUAAAUAUAGAAAAAAAUAAUACGAUUUGAAUUGUGUUAUUUACGUUGGAUCAAAAUGAGAAAACCGCCAGAUUUCUAGAUACUACAAUUAUUGAAGAUUGAAGAUUGAAGAAACGUCGUUUAUGGAUGAAAAUCUAAUUUCAAUAAAUUAGUUAUAUUUGUCAAAUAAAACUAAUUACAAGUUAUUAGUUGUUUUAUAAAAAUGAAUGAAUUACUUCAGAAAAAAGUUACUCGGUUACUUUUAAAAAGUAUUAUAGUCACUAAGUUAUAGCUCACGAAACAUGAAACAAAAAAAAAACGAUAUGAAAUUUGAAAAGCUGUUUAAGUACAUGGAGUCUGACAAAAUUCCACUAUUGAAAAAUGUAACUUUUCUUUUGACAAACUAAAAAACAUGUCAGUUUAACGAUGACUUAUAAUGACCAACAAUUCCAUUAAAGGUUAAAAAAAUUUUUUUUUCAUAGUAAAUUGUUGUCCGACAAAACUUUGAGGUACUAGCUUUGUCCGACACAUUAAACAUUUUAUUUUUCAUGCAUUUCUAUCGAAUCGCUUAUUUAAAACCUACAGUAACAUUGUCUGACAAAAUUAAUAAGAAGUUAUUAUAUCUGACACUGCAAACAUGUCGAUUAAAUUAUGACAUAAUGUAAUGACAAGAAAUUCCAGUUUAGGCUGAAAUGGAAGAUUUUUUAGUAAAUACAAAAAAAUAGUUGUCCAACAAAAAUUUUAGGUACUAGGUUUGUCCGACACGCAAAGCAUGUUGAUUUUACAAUAGUUUUCAAAGCAUUCGUUAUUUAAAGUCUAUAGUCUCAUUGUCCGACAAAAUUAAUAGGGGGUUCAAGUUAUCCGAUACUGCAAACACGUCGGUUCAACCAUAUAUGGUGACUACCAGCUGUCUAAGUGUAUAUAAAUUUCCGAUGAUUCCAAACAAUAUCCGUUCUUUUCUGUUCCUUGUGAUCUAGAUGCCAAGCUUAUACGUUAAAAACAAUUUUUUAACGAAUGAUUAGAUGAAUACAUAUUCUUAAAUGUUCAAAGAACCAGUAACUGUACAUUUUAUACUGAAUAAAGUUACUAAAAUUUAUUCAUAUCAUCGUUUUCAUCAUAUAGCUUAUUUAAAACCUGCAUAAGCUUAUAAUAACAUUGUCCGACAAGAUCGAUAGGGAUUUGAAGUACAUUCGACACUGCAAACAUGUCGAUUUUACUAUGAUCUUAUCGUAUUGGUUAUCCAAAUCCUAUAGGAAUCUUUUCCGACAACAUUAAUAGUGAAUUCUUGUUGUCCGACAGUGCAAACACGUCGAUUUCACUAUAAUUCUAUCGUAUUGGUAAUUCAAAUCCUAUAGGAAUAUUUUCCGACAACAUUAAUAGUGAAUUCUAGUUGUACGACAUUGCAAACACGUUGAUUUAACGGUAUUCGGUGAUUACAAACUGUCUCCAUAUAAAUUUUCGAUUAUUCCAACCAAUAUCUGUUUUCUUCUGCUCUUUGAGAUCUAGAUGACAAUCUUUUAGGCUAAAAAACAUUUUUUCAACAAAUUAUUAGAUGAACACAUAUUCUUUAAUGUGUGUCCAGUUUACUUUUUAUUAAAUAUGAAAAAUUUAGUUCACAGUUUAGUAACAUUGUCUGAUAAAAUUAAUAGAGUUCUAGUAGUUCGACACUGCAAACAUAUCGAUUCCACAAGAAUGUUUAUCGUUUAGUUUAUUUAAAACCUAUAAUAACAACGUUCGACAAAAUUAAUACGAAGUAUUGUAGGUCGAUUUGACGAAGACAUAUAAAGCAAUGGCCAACAAUUCAAAUUUGGGUUCAGUUGAAACAUUGUUUCAUAGUAAAUUUCUGUCGGACGAAACAUUUAGGUACUAGGUUUGUCCGACACGCUUAUCAUGUUGAUUUUAUACUAAUUUUCAUUGUAUUGGUUAUUUAAAGUCUAUAGUAACCAUUGUCCGACAAUUAAAAGAGGAUUCUAUUGUUCGAUAGUGCAAACAGAUUGAUUGAACUGAAUUUGGGGACUACUAGCCGUCUAUAAAUUUUCGAUUAUUCCGAAUAAUAUCCAUUCUUUUCUGUUCCUUGUGGUCUAGAUGCCAAGCUUAUACGUUAAAAAACAAUUUUUUAACAAAUUAUUAGAUGAAUACAUAUUCUCAAAUGUCGAUUUCACAUUAAUUUGUUUAAAGUCUAUAGUAACAUUGACCGACAAAAUUAGUAGGGGGUUCUAGUUAUCCCAUACUGCAAACACAUCGAUUGAACCGUAUUUGGUGCCUACCAGCUGUCUAUAUAUAAAUUUUCGAUGAUUGUAAAUAAUAUCCUUUUUUUUCUAUUCCUUGUGGUCUAGAUGCCAAGCUUAUAUAUUAAAAAAGAUUUUUUUAACAAAUUAUUGGAUGAAUACAUAUUCUUAAACGCUCGAGUGUCCAGUAACUGUAUCAUAUAGCAUAUUUAAAACCUGCAUAAGUUUAUAAUAACAUUGCCGGAGAAAAUCGUUAGGGAUUUGAAGUAGUCCGACAAUGCAAACAUAUCGAUUCUACAAUUAUUUCAUCGUAUCGGUUAUUUAAUGCCUAUACUAACAUUGCCCUACAAAUUGUUUUCUUGUUUCUAAAAGCUUUGAUGGAAUUCCCCGUUUAUUCUUUGUAAUUCAUCUAAUUUGUUAUAAACUGAAAAGUCAUCUAGAAAUCGACCGUUUCAUAACAUUUUUCCAACAUAAAAUGUGAAAAAUUAUAGCGCAAUUUGAUAUUUUACUUGCAACGAUUAGUGAUACGAUUUUCAAAUCUUAAGCUUUUGAUUAGAUUUGUAAUUCAGCAAAGCAAUGAUAUUUUGACAAAUACUGUUAUUUAUUCAGGGCGAUCAUUUUUUUUAUGAAUUAGGAAUGUCGUGAGACCCUUUAAAAUAAAAUGCUGAUAUUUGUUCUUCGGAGAAUUUUUUUUAACUCAAUCAAGGGUUGGUAUAACAUUGCUGAGUAAAUAUGCAGUUUUAUAAUAGCACUAAAACACAAAGCACGGAAUCUACAUAAAAAUAUCUAUUUUUGAAAAUAGAAAAAUGAAAAUAUCUAAAGAUUGGAAGCCAACAGAGAACUAAAAAUAAGAAAAAAAUGCCAAAAUUUAUUUUUAACAUUUUAACAUGUUCAAAGUGGAGAGAAAAAUUCCUAAGUAUCCACAUGGGGUUAAUCAACCUCUUGUUAUUUUUAUGUUUCAAACAAAUCUAGCCCUACAGUAUCAAGCAUUUAAUUUAUUCAUCUAAAAGUUCACUAAAUUGUACCAAGGAAUACAUUUAAAUUGUUUAAAUCACUUUUAUAUUGAAAUUUUAUUUAUCCACAUUUUUUAACCUUAAUAUAUUUCUUUACAACUUGAUAAAUAAUGUUUGGGAAAAACAAUUAAUAAUACAACAAUAAAAAAGUAAUAAUUGGAAUUUUUAUAAAAAUAUAAGCAAUAAUUAAAAAAUAAUAACUAAAGUGUACCUAUACCCCUGCUAAACUUUUUCUCGUUGCUUCUUCGAGGACAUAGUUUUCGUAGCACCUUGAAAUUUUUUCCUCUUUUUCAAAGUCGUGAGUUGUAUAUUCAGGUAUCCUGUGGCGUUUCAACACUACUUGAUCUGCUCCAUGUUCUACAGAUAUGGUUAAUAUUUCCUCGUGCAAAUAUCAACUCUAUUAUAACUUCCCUAAAUUACGCCCUAUUAUCAAAAUUGAGUAAUAUGAGGAGAUUUGGUCACUAAAGGCUACCCUUAUUUUGAUACAUAUUGAGGUAUCUCUAUUGGACUAACCACUUCUGUCAAUCAUUUUGAGGUUAGGACAAUUAUUAAUUCUUUCUUGAAUUCUUUGCUCAUUAUAUCUUCUAGUUGUUACUUCUAUGAUUAAUUUUAAUACCUUGUUUCGUUGGGCGUCACAAUUUCAGCAAUUUCCAAGUUAGAAUUAAAACUAUUCCUUUACAGGGUUGCUCCCUGUCUCAAUAAUCUUCCAUGAAGUUCAUUUCUCCUUAUUUCUUUGCAACUUACUUUCAAUGUUAUCCCCUUUAUCGCGAUAAUUCUGUGAAUUGUAAAUGUAACCAGUAUCUCUACAGAACUUGAGUAGUUUUACUUCAUAUUUGAAGCCCUUGUUUGUUAUCAAUUGACUAUAAAAAACCUACUUGUGAGGUAUUGCUUGAUAAACCAAUUUUUCACCUUACCUUCCCUUACCAAUUGGCACUACAGCUCGGUAUGAGCCUUGACCUUCUCGAUGAUUCGCCUCCAAAUUGGUCAGUUCUUCACCAUUCGCUCACAUUCAUUGUUUGUAAGUCCCCGUGAACUUGAUCAGUCCAUCUUAUUCAAGGUCUGCCGCUUUUUCUACUGCUGUAUAUUUUGGCAUUCAUGAUUCUUUGGCAUCCCUUUGUCCUCCGUGCUUUAAAUAUGGCCAAACUAUCAACGUCUUCAUUGCAUAGCAUUUAAUCGAUUUCUCUAUUAUUUCGGAUUCUCCAGUCUGCUUCAUUCAUUUUAGUUUGUCUAUAUAUACUUCUGAUAAUUUUUCUCUGGAAUUUUCUUAAUUUUUCUUGGUCUUUUUUUGUCAUCACAUAACAUUCAGUGCCACGAUUGGUUUUAUUAGAUUCCUGUAGAUUUUUAACUUCAUUCUUAUUAUUAUUAGUUUGCUUUUCUGGAGCUUCAGGUUCUCUAUUACCACUUGUAUCUUUCUUGUAUGGCUGUGCUUGGUUUGGCUUUGUUGAUUAUCAUAUUGAGUAGCUUUAAUAGUUCAAACAAUUUCCUCACAUUUUUUGGAGUACCAGAAAACUCAUGGUGGUUAUUAGAAAGUAAAGAAAACCAUUUGGGGUAAAAUUCACCUCAUUCAGAUAGUCAGUGUUUAUUAGAUUUGGUUGAAAUUCAUCUGAUUCAUGUCCAUUAUUGUUAUCAGGACUACAUUCACUUCUACUUAUGGAUGGUUUUGGAAGAGAUAAAAGCAUAUUUUCAUCACAAAGUGCUAGUAACAUUGUUAAAAAAUUUAAGGAAGGCCAAGAAGAGAAGCAACAAAAAGCCACAACAGAGAAGAGAGGAAAAUGAGUGACUGGUCAUAUUUCGAAAAUAUUGCAACCCUAGAGAACCUCAGUGCAGUCAGAAGUCACUAAAACGUUGUUUAUAUUUUAUAGAAGUUAUCAUACGGCUUGCAAUCUUUGAAAGGCCGAAAACUAAAGUCUACAUGUGACAUGCUCAGCUUUAAUGUGAAAUUAGAUAAGGGUCGUGUUAAUGAAGACCAUUAGUUAUUAAAGUGAAUCGUAGUAAGCAAUAAAGUAUACUGAUAAAAAUAGUUUCUUCCAAUAUAUGAAAUUACAUAUCAAUCAGUACCUUGUAAAAAAAACUUAAAAACUUAAAAAUGUUUUAGAAGUACCAAUUGUAGUAAUUAUGGUGCUUUUGUUUCAAAUUAAAUCCUCCAAUUACAAAAAAAGUCGAGAAUAAUUUUUUGUUCUUGGUUAUUGAUAGACAUGCACUUUUUUCUUGAAGUAUAUAGUUAUUGGAAGAAUAUAAUUAUUAUUUUGUUAUAAUUUAUGUAAUUUACAGUAUUCAAAGUGCCAAUUUCUCUUACAAUCUUAUUCACCUACUUAAUAAUUUAAACUAUUUCUGGUGACAAAAAAGUUAUUUUAGUUAUUUUAUUUGAAGUUUCCAUUAUUAACUCUAAUUUUGAGUGAUCCAUCAGAGGUUGUCCGUAGGCAGACUAAUUUUUAUUCAUUUCCCCAAUUGGUUGUUUGCUUACUUCUUCUUUCUCUAACUACUAUAAAACUAAGAGACUUGAAAUUACUUUUCGAAUUGGCCGAGUUUUUGCUAUUGGAAUUUACUGGAGCGUCGUGGGAACCUAUUGAACUUGAAUGUACGGAUGAUAAGAAGAGUAGAAGUCUAUAAUAUUUCCUCUGUCAGUGGUGGGAGAAGCAUCUGAAAAUUUCUCCAAUCUUAUUUCUGAUAAAAACCUACCCGUUUGCAAGUAUGUAUGUUUAUAAAGUUUCGGUUGUCAUUUAUUCUAUGGCCCAGAAGAUCUCUUUUGUAACAAUUUCUUGCUUAGUGUUUCUAACUGACUCCUUUUUACAUGUGGUAUGGCUCUAGCUAUCAAAAAUCUUCAUUUUAUACGCCCACAAGUGUGUAGUGCAACAGACUUCUGUAAUCUUCGACACUUCAAUAACAUGUGGUUAGAGGUUUCAUCAUCUAUGUAGCAGAAUCUGCACCCUUCAUCUUCUACUAAACCUAGAGAUAUUAACCUUGAUAAUAUUCGUGAAUUAUUAUUACUUUGAUUGAGACCUAUCAUUAGUUUUUCUUUGGAUAUAGACCCUGUAGAUUAUCCCAGAAACUUAUUUGUCUGCUAUUUAACCUUCCUCUACUCCAAUCUGUCCCGGGAUCCAGUGGGGGAUAAUUUUCUUUUUUCCUAGCUCAUUCAAUUUGCUCAGACAGUCCCAAACCAGUUUAAAUCAGCCAGUCACGUCCACAGCUUGACAUAGCCUUCCCUCAAUAUUUGUAACUGUUAUCCAAUUGGAAACCAUCCUCUUAGUAUAGUCAGCAUAUCGGUGGGCGUCCUCUACUUCUAAAAGCAUCUUCUCUCAGUAUUUUUAUGAAAAUUGACAGCUUGUAUUGUUUUCAACUAUCCGUGCAUCAUUUCCUUUGAAAAAUGAUCAGUUUGUAACAAUUCAACUUCUUAUUAUUGAAAUGAAUACUUUGCAAUAAAUAAUGAACCUAAUUUUAAUUUGGCAUAUUUAGUUUUUCACUUUUCACAAUCCUUAGCCGCAUGGUUAUUUAUAAAAAAACUUAUACAACUGCCCAACAGAGUGCAAACUAUUCAUCUAUCGCGCUCAAGUGGAUCCCAAAAUUUGUACUGAGGUUUCAUUACUAAGAAAAAAUAUUUUUCUUGAAAUAUACAAUCAUCAAUAUCCAAAUUUGUUAAUGGUGAUAUCGGCAAAUAUUAAAUGAUAUGAAUGACGGAUUUAUUUACAAGAAAAAGUGCAUGUAAAGCAUAUUUCAGCAAUGUCCCACUUUAUAUAUCAGUUGCAGCACUAUAUUUUUAAGGGUAGAUAUGUGUGAGUGUGUAAGUUUGAGAAGUUUUUUAAUAAGCGAUUUUCAAAGUCAAUAUUUUAUAAUGAAAUAAAAUAUCAAUACGAAAUAAGCCAACAAAACAUAUAGUUAUUACAUAUCAGUGCGCUAAAUAGUUGUCAAAUCUGUUUUUGGAAUCAUCAUUGUUGCUACUAAUAUCCAAAUACAACGUUCACAUUAUAUAACACCAUGACUUAUUCUCCCGUGGAUCAUCGAAUCAAAUUUUUUUAUCGAAUAAUGUGAGUACCUUAUCGAAAUUUUUUUUACUUUUUCAAUUUCUAGCUGUGCUAUUUUAUUGGAAACAACUUAUUUUGUCGUCCCCCAACAUAUAACGUCGUUUUUUUAUCAAGGCAAAUCAGUCUCUUCCUCUCCGUUACAUUUUUUGCAUUUUUUUCGUUGUUACUCCCCAUGUCUUGUGCAAACAGUACAAUGUCCAGUGAUCACUGAGUUAUACUCUGAUUCUUGUGUCAAUAGUAUCUUCCAUCUUCAUAAAUUCCAUCGGUAAAAGCACCGUUACUGUCUCUUUGGUAUUCCAUCGUCUCGACCAUUGACUCACCUUUUGCAAUUCUAUCUGCCUUAAAGUUUCCUUCCUCUACACAGUGUCAAGGUACCCAGCAGAGGUUUACUCCAGUGCCACGAGUGUCCGCGACAGUCCAUUGCUAUUUUUUAUUUUGUCAUUUUAAGCACUAUUGUUUUUAAGGCUGUCUGUGUGGAUUGUUAUAAUUCUAUUGGAUUCAUCAGUUUCCCUUAUGUGUGUGACGCCGUCUCUAUUGUUGGAUUUCGGCUUGAAAGGUAUACAUCCAGUUUUUAGUCUCUACGACUUUUGAAGGCUAAGUUUCUUAGAAAGCACCCUUUUUUUGAAGACUAUUUUUUUGAUCAUCUGUACUGUGGUCAGAGCUAGAAGACCCUAUAUUCUUUUUUCUCCGACUUCGUCCAUUUCCUGUAGGAUUGCUUCGAGUGCUGCUUGUGCAGUACUUCUCAUGACUUCGGUGACUCCUAGUGCUGCUAUUCUUUGCACUUUUCUGAGACUCUUUUUGUUUGUACAUUACCAUAGAAAGAUCUACAGGUAUUAAAGCGUUGAAUCCCUUUUUCAUGCUUUUCUUCACAUACAUUCUUCAUGAAAGUUUGGAAUAUAUUAUUAUUUAGCUUCCUUUAGUAAGUUAAGUUUGGUAAUUUUAGUAAGAGUUGGUUAUUUUUCCACCUACAAGAUGAUAUUUUUCAAUGCCCUUUUCAUAAUGUUGUUGAUUGUGGGUCUCUACCCAAAAUCAGUAUAGUUACAUCGUCAGUAUUCGCUAUUGAUUUUAUUUUAUUCUUUUUCUUUCUAGAACUUUAGCAAUCUUAUUCAUCUUUAUUGUAACACUCUAGUAGUCCUUUUCCUAGUCUCAUAUACUUCUAUUCCUAUUCUUCUUCUUAGCCUUGCUAUAAUCCAGUUUGUUACUUUAGAAUACACUUCUAGUGCAUCCAUUAUCGACUCUUUUCUUGUUAGAGGAUCUUACUACAUCAAGAAAGACCCCUAAGAUAAAUUCUUUCAGUUCCAAAGUGUUGAGCCUUGUUUAAAUGAAAAAUACCUCACGACAUUGUGGGUAUAAUUUGAACAUUGAAAUCCAAUCCUCUACUGUAUCGUCCGAGCUGAAUCGCUAUCCGUGUUGUAGGAAGGAUACUCAAGCUGCUCUCACUUUUACUCGUCCAAUACACUUGGAAACGUUCAGACUUGUGUAUCGGAAGGCAGAACUACUCCCUUCAUAAGUACACGUGAUUGUUAAUGGUUACCGAGAGCACAACUUUUUCCCUGGAUCGAAUUGAUUGUACCAGCUUUCGACACUGGUGACAAUUCGCUCUAAGAAAGUGUUGUAGUGCGAGUUCCAUACGCAGUUUCUUUUACGAACUUCUUGGGAAUCAAUUGCAGACACUUCUUCUGGUAACCUAUCAUGCACAAUCGUUCACGAUGUUCCCACAAUGCCCCCCUCCCAAGAUCACUUUGUUACUGGCCUCUCGGAUAAACAUUCUUUCGGUUAUCUUUCGAGGAAGAAUAUUGGUUAUAUCCGCAGUAGGAAAUUUGAUCCUCAAUUAUCUUUACACGCACUGAAGCGGUAUUUACACGGAACAAACAACUGAUUGCUCAUUUCCUGAGCAUGCGCACAACCAAGCCGGAUAGUACAUUCGUUUUCAUUGAUAUCUCGCGAAGUAAUCCCAAAACGGCAUAUUCAAAUUCCAACCCGUUUUGUUGUUAAGACGUUUCGAAUAUUUUUAUUGGGACAUCCCUCUUACAACAAUAUCAGUUGAAAGGUCCACAACUGAAAUUUUAUGUUUAGUUUAUACAUUUUGUUUUUGGGAAUGUUUUUGAUGGUUUUCUCUCACUCCUUGUAUAUUGUUGCUCAAAUCUUCACAAAUAUUCAGUGAUAAAAUAAUUUAAAUUUUCAUAAACGUUGUCUUUAUUUAAAGAAUACAUUUCAAUUAUAUAUGUUGGUUAUUAGUAGCAAUCUGUUUAUAUCUUCAGUAGCUUGCAUUACUACUUAGUAAACGCUUUGCCAGCAAAAAUUCGUCCUGUAGAAGAAAUUACGAUGAAAAUGAUUAAUUGUCCAAAAGUCGAUGCUGUAACAUCGGAAUUUUCUAGAAUUAAUAUACAAUUAUAACAAUAAUAUGCAUAUUUAAUCAAAAGAAGCUUCCAGAAAAUGAAUACAUCACAUAUCAGAAAAUAUAUAGAGGAAACAAAUAUAUUCAACAUAUCUAAAAUAUGAGUUUUUAGGGGAUUCAGAUGUUGUAGUAAGGCUUUUUGGCAAAUUAUUCAAUGUUAAAGUUGAAUUGUGUAAUUUUAGUUGAAUGUCUUCCUAAUGUAUGCGCCUCAGUAGGAUUUAACAUAAUACAAUAGUAGACAAUGGGGUUCAUGAUAAUAUCGAUGUCAAUAACAUAGUAAAUAUGUGUUUAAUGGCAGUAAAAUACUUGCAUAUUUUUAACAAUAUUUUCAGAUCUUCACUACAAUAUUUGUAUUUAUCUAAAGGGUGUUUAAAAUAAUUAUUAUUUCUCUAACUGUCCGCUUUAUUUGCAAUCUAUAACAAUUAUUACAAUAAGCAAAUUAUGUGAAAAUACAAUACAAAUUGACCAUCUCGAAAGAAAUCCACUGAUUACUUUUUCUUACAGCUGUAAUUAAUAACUAGAUCAAUUAGGUUUAGCUAUUAGGAACACACUAGCACUCGAUAAAACCUACUAAUUAAGUCGUGAGGUUUGUGCUUUUUGAGUCUACUCUGAACUGUUGGUUGCACCAUUAGGUUAGAUACCAGUGUGUUUGGGUGGAGGCUUAACCUAUUUUUAUAACUUAUGGAUAAGUUGCUUUAACCUACGAUGAUUCGUUGGACCUUCGAUUGGAACCGCUACAAAAUUUCAAUAUUGGAGUUGGCUGCUGAUACCCACAAUGGGAUUCCGUAGGUCACGACUUCGUUUUUUAAAGAUUAUUGGGAUUUCUUACUCCUAAUCGCUUGGCCAGGUGCAUGCCAAGAUAUUUGACAUCAUCACGUUAUAGUAGGGCUUGAUUAUUUAGUGUGACUUCUGGUCAUUUGUCUUCGCGGUCGGUGAAGGUUACCUGGACUUAUUUCGAUUCGUUUGCUUUAAAGUGCCAUUUUCCCGUUUUGUUAAGAUGAAGCUGUGUCAUCUGCAAAAAAAUAAAACUAAUCUUAUUAUACACUUACCUGUAUUUAAAAGUAUCAAUUAUAGUUUGGGUUUCUUAACAUCUAAAUAUUUAAGGGAUGUCAUAGGUAUAAGCUAGUAUUAAUUGAAAAUAUAUCGGAACUUUUACGUCACGACUUUAUUUAGUAGGAAUUACAGGAAUUUAUCGAUUCGUCGUAAAUGAGAAAUAGUCAUUUAUUUAUCAGUAAUCAACAAUGGAGACUUUUUCAAAAUAAAUCAGAGGUCCAAUCAAAAGUGCAUUAAGAAUACAUUAUAUUGCAAAUUUUAUAUAUUUUAAAAAAUAUAAUCUAGUUUUUUACCCACAGAUUUUUCAAUAUUGACUUCUAAACUUCGAAAUUUUUGUAUUAUUUAAGGGGAAUUGUGAUGACUAAGAUAAUUAGAAAUACAUAAUGAAUGUGAAAUAUAUUUUCAUUCUAUCUAAUAUCAGAAUAUUUUUCCUCAAAUAUUUUUCCUAUUUGCCAAAUUUAAAGAAUUAAAUCAAGUUUUUAAGGAAAUUGAUUUGCUAUCGACAAUCUAAGGGCUCCAAGGUCGCCAAACCUAAUAGCCAGACAGACCAGCCAGUUUGACCGGACAUUUGGGUAGAAAGAACGGGCACUCUACAUUAUUGAGGAUUUUGCCUCAUUAUUAAUAGAUACGACAAAAAAAUUGUAUGUAAAAUAAAGCUAUUGAUUAUUAUGAUAAAUCUUGUCAAGUUCUAAUGAAAUAAUAAAAUAAAAUCGAAUGCCAAAUCAAUCUUAGGUAAAUAUUUUAUUAAUAAUGAUUAAACAGUCAAAAUUAAAUUCUAGAUAUAUUAAAAUUUAAAUUCUUCUUAUGAAUGGCACAACUAAGACUGUUUUAACUGAAAAAAAAAUAAUCAAAAACUUUUUAUAUUUAAUUUAAACAAUAAAACAAAAAAAACUUCUUCUGUUUGAGUUACACAAUACAAAUUAUUAAUUAAUUUAAAAGCUGAGUUUGUUUCAAAAUGUAUUUGUAAAAAUAUACUUCUUUGGAAUCUAAUUCUACAACCAACAUUUAGGCAACAGUGUUAACAUGUAAUCUGUUACGUUCUUUUGUUCAUUGCUGACCUAUCAAGAAAAAAACUCUUCCAACGUUGCGUUUUGUCCUGACAUAGCAAAGUAAUACUGACGAAUAGUUAGGAAUUUUGAAAAGCAAUCUUCACUUAUCAUCGAUUUAAAAUAGGUUAUCCUAGGAUAUCUUAUGUGCUAACAGCUUCUUAAAAUCAACUAUUCCUUUGUUAGUGUUCAGAAAAGAUUCUGUAGUUGGUCAAAACAUUUGGUAUCGUCAAUUUUGACGUUGUAAUAUGAUUGGAUACAUCUUUUAAAGUCAUCCAUGUGAAUUUUUUUGUGUGUUUCUAUAAAUUUUCAGUCCAAGAUCGUAAAUAUUUUACUGCAAUAAUAUACAUGUUUUCAAUAUCCUCUUCACCUGUGGAGAAUUUUCAUUGUUCUUUUUGAAUUUCUCAAAAUGAAAGUCACUUUCAGUGUUCAAUCCUUGCUUUUAUGUUAUUCAUUAUCUUGGAAGAGUUUUCCAAAAUCUCAUUCACAGAAACAUCAGCCUUAUCUGUAUCUUUGAUGUAGUUUUGAUAAAUAGCCAUAAAAGAAUGGCCUUUGUUAAGUUUUCUUUUUCAAAAAAAUCUCUCAAAGUCCUGGUUGUACCUACUAUUCUUUUCCUUUCUUAGGAAAUACGACUUAGAGCCAGCGCAUCUUUGAACGAAAUGAAUUUAUUUAAAAUGAAUGUUCAAUUCUAAGCAAAUACUUUUGAGUUCUUCUGUACAUAUGGUAAAUGUAGCAAAAUAACUGCGGCCUGCGAGGGUGACAGACUCUCGUAGUCUGCGCUCGGCCACGCUCGUUUGCGAAAUGUAAAAAGCCUAAGAAAAGUCGGACAAGACGGACACCGUCUAUUUUGUCCAGACACGCAAUCAAAAAGCCUACCUAUGUCCGACUUUAUCCGGAUGCUUGGCAACGCUAGACAUCCUACUUCAUUUGAAAGGAAAAAAAUAUAUUUUUUUAAUGAAUAAUCAACGUAGGGUACUGGAAAUACUCUCCUAUUAUAAAUAUUAGAUAGAUUACUCUGCCAAUUUAGUGAAAUUUACGAUAUUAUAUCAAUCCCAUUACAUUUGUAGCUACCUAUAAUUAAAAAAUGCCACUCUUCAUCAACACCAAUGCUCUAUUUUUUCUCACUAGUUAUGUCUACGAUCCAUUAUCAAGAGACACCUACAAAUGUGUAACAUAAUCAAACACGCUUAUUAUCUUUGGAUUAUAAAAUUAAUUCUGAAUUAUAUGAAUUCAUUCUUUUGCUUAACUUCAACCGUUGUAGUUUUGUUUAUAAAUCGAAUUAAAUUGUUUAUUGUUUUUAAAAACGUUGUUUCCAAUAAAAAAAAGCACUGCUCUUCUUCUCCAUUUUUUUCCUAUUCGUUACGUUUUUUCUUGUUUUAGCUUCUUAUUUUCGUAAUGACACAAAAAAUUAAUUCCUUUUAUUUUUAGAAUCGGUGGAAGGUCGAUUAAAAAUUAAUAGCUUUAAACACUUGAAUGUGAUAAAAAACACAUGUGACAAGUAUAUUAAAAAUAUUUGAAGAAAAACGUAAUAGGCCGAACGACAUGUUAAAAAAUUUUUGGAAUUAUAACAGAACUAAAUAUAGAGAUUGCAAAUUUUUCACUAAUUUCGUAUACUUGAUACAAAUGUAAAUGAAUUUUCUGAAAAUAUUGUUAAAAUGUAUGGUGUAAGCAGCUUCUUUUUAAAACAAUUGUCUUCGACCUACUUGCUCUGCGUUAUUGUGAAAUAGUCUAAUGAGACAUAAAUAGUUAGUUCAUAUCAAAAUAGUAUUAAAUGUGUAAACUAGGAUUUUAAUUUUUUUUGACAUUCAAUUUUGCAAUUAUUUUUAAAUCGGAUGCAUUGUUUUUUAUGAACGAACACUAACUUUCACUUCCCAAAAUAAUUGAAAAUAAUUGCAAAUUACUUAGAUUUAGUGCCAAUUUAGAAAAAUCAAUUGUUAGAUAUUUGUUGUACCAACCAAAUAAUGUAAGAAGAGAAGUAUUUUGAGUAUUAUAAGACUUAUACUUGAGACCAUUUACAAGAACAAAAAUUGGUAAUACCUAUAUGGACAUCAAAUAGAAAUUUUCCUAUUUCCAAUGGUAUUCCAAAUUGAUCUCAGUCAAUUGUACUUAAUUUUGUAUUAGGUUAAGUAAAAAAUAAAGUAAAUACCAAAAGCCUACAAGGUUUUACAUUAACCUUUUAAUACUAACAUGAAGUUUUUAACAUCGAUGUAAAGCUAGGAUGUUUUAUGAGCCGAAAAUGCUUGUAGGUACAAUCUAUAAUUUUAUUAUUCCUUUGUCAAAACUACAUUAAAAACCUCAGUAAAUUCAAAUUGAGCUUCUUCUAGGAGUCGUUUUUAGUAUAAAAUAAUGUAUUCAUUACACAUUGCUCUAAUAAGUUCAAUACAUCAGAAUUUGCUAAAUUGAACACACACAUAUAUUAUUUUUGUAAUUUUUUCAUGCUAUAGUAGUCGUAAAGACUUUCUUGACUUUGAACAUCCAGUUCUCUUUUCGCAGAUCUCUUUUUAUCUGUUUCAAAAAGGAAAUGUUAUACGUUCUUUGAUUCGUUCUUUUACAGAUAAACGAUCCAUUGCGACUUCCAAUAAAUUUCAACAAUAAUAAUUUAUUGUAUUACUUUCUUCUUCGGCGGAGAUAACACAAUUAUAGCUAGGCUAUAACUCUGAAAUUAUAGCAUUUAGGUAUAGGGAACAUUCGAUAAAAAAUGUAUAAAGUUAAGGAUUUCGAAAAGCGAACAAUAUACAUAGUGAUCUAUUUGAAAUAAUAAAGUUCAUUAUUUUUCCAGAAAAAGAAAAAUCUGACAACAAUGUAAUUACCACCAUAAUACCGGCAGUGAAACACGAUUUAUUUGAAUAUUCAAUAAAUUUUUUGUUGUGUAACCGGUAAGGAAAAAUUAACUUUUUUAGAUUAUUGUAAAAAAAUCAUCAAAGUAUAUAUUUUCUGUUUGUCAUCUGUUAAUUCAUUCUUUAGGGUUUUCAAACUAUUUCUUUUUGUUAUUUCUUAAUUAAAUCGAUCUCUUCUUUGGUACGUUAUACAAACGCGGUUUCAACAUGGCUUACUUUCAGGAAAAGUUUUAGGAAAGCAUCAAAACUUCGCUACAGUUUGAGCGAAGUGCUGAAAUUACAGGAAGACAACUAAGUAGCCCCACCUAUGGAGGGCUAAAAGGUCAUUAUUAAAUUAAAAUGGGGCGGCAUGAGAAAUACAAAGGUAAUAUCACACAAACAAAUGGGGCUUCCUUUUUUAUAAUUUUAAUUAGUGACCCCCCUUCAAACUGAGAAGCUGAAAUUGCGCCUUAUGUUAUGAGCUAUUAAUAAUGGGUUUUACUGGUUUUACAUUUUUUAUUUCAUCAAUAAUCUCUUUUAUAAGUAAACGGGCUUUUGUUCAAUUUUGGCUGUUUUUAGAACCUGUACGAAGAAUUUUCCUGGGAACAAUUGAAUUCUACAAACAAUUAUUGUUAUAUAUUUUCAUGAAUUCUGCAAUAAUACACAUAAAUAUGUUUGUGGUGGAUUAUGUUAGAAAGCAAGAGAUAAGUUUAAGUAUAGUAAUUUACUGAGCCUGGGUCAAAGUUACCCGAAGUCUUAAAGUUCUAACGUAAACUUGCAGUAUUUUUCAAUACAUAUGAGACAUAACUAAACACAUAUCACUAUGUUCUUAAGUUGAAUAUCAAACUAAUGGCUGAAAUUAUUAUGUUGAACUGUAUUAAUGAUUUCAAUGGUCUCUAGUAAUUCGUUAUAAAUAAAAAUUACAUUUUUACUCAAUACUUCUUUUCCAUUGUUAGAAAAUUAAAAGGAGAAAGCUUUUAUCAGCAUCCAAAGCUUAAAAUGGAAUAUAAUUAAUGAUUGUAAGAUUAAAUUCCUGUGUUGAUUCAUUUUGUAGUUGUCAUGCAAUUUGGCGUUCUCUAUUAAUAUAUGUCGUAACCAAAAAAAUAUUAGUUGAGUCAAUUAACUGUGCCUCUAGCCGUGGUAGUUUAUAUCUAUCACAAUCCAUUACUCUAUCUACAUGGUAAACAUUUGAAAGAAUAUCUAUAUACAUGUUUUCAUACUUUAGAACUUUAUUAUUCUUCUAAACGUUGAUAAAAAUAAUGUGUUCGUUCGAAAUAUAUUGUUUGAAAUAAUAAUAUCCUUCUAUUAGGAACUGUUUUUCUAAAUACUUAGAAAAAGAAAAAAUGGCAAUUAAAGGAAGUCACGUACAAAAGUUUGCACGUGGCAAUAUUGAAUUUUUUUCUUUCUUUCUGAGAAUAUCCUUGCUGAUUAUAGCAACCUUGGUUAUGCAUAAUACCAUAGUCUUUAUAGUAAAUGUCUAUAGGCAGAAAAAAAAUCUCUUUACUAGUUGAUGGUAAUAUUGGUACCAGAAAUUCAUUGUGCAGUACUAUAUCCCAUUCCUGGAACUCCGAAUCAUGACCUAACUAUUUUUGAAUUAGGUGAUAGACACGAUUUAUCUGUUGAUGGGCUGCUGCACUUUCCUAAGAAGAUUUCAUAGUUUGAUAGGUUCAUGAAGCCUGAUUAACUUGAUGAUACAUUUUAUCUUUAAAUGAAAGCCAUUUUGGCUUUAUAAUGCCAACUACCUGAUCUAAAAACAUCUAUUGAUGAUAACCGGUCAAAAGUGAUUGUGAAAGGAAAUUAUCUGUAAAUUAAGUUUUGCUAGCUCUAGAAAAAAGUUCGGUGGUGCGAUUUUUCUAAUUUUUGGAACUUCCUGAUAGUACAUGAAAUUCAGAACAAACCCUGAAAUUUGCGGCUACGUAAUUUUUUACACCUUGCAGUGAUUUUUUAGUACCACUCCUGGGCUAGCCUUUCUCUCAGUACCUUUGACGUCCCCAUGUAGAAGAUUUUGGUGUGCUGGUUUAAUUAUUUAUAAAUAAUACUAACUUUUCAUUUUUGAUGAUAUUUCAAUGAAACAAGAAUUUGAUAUGAGAUAUAAUACAGGGAGAUUCACGGUUGACCGUACAUUACGUGCAUGGUUAAGGGCUGCUGCCUCUCGGAAACGGUUAACCAAAGAAAAACAAAAAUUGUCGCAAAAGGUUCACCAUACAACUUCGACGAUAUUUAUGUAUAUAUUUGGAGCCACAGAAAUCGAAAUAAUCGGCACACCUAUUUUUUUAACUUGGACCUUGAAUAACCUUUUUGGACCCAUAGAUAUGGAGAUAAUUGCGUCAAACCUUGUAUAACAACUCAAGAUGUGGGCACUAGAUAACUUUUAUGCCUCCUAGAGGCGCCCGGCAAAUGAAUUCGUGUGCUAGCCAUACAUUUUGACGAUUUAUUCAUUGGCUCGCUACGGUUAUUAAAAAUGGACAUUGUACUACUGUCGUUUAUACAGGAAACGGAUUAAAUUCAAGAUUUUUUCUUCUGUAUAUUUACAAUACCAAACAACUCAAAACAUAUUUAUUGCACUCUAACUUCCAAUUUCUGGAACCUUUGGUGAUAUUUAUACUGAACACACUAUUUACACUACCACUACACCAACACUUAUAAUUACACUGUUUGACGCGCGUUUCGAUAACCAAGUUGUCGU